AUGGCAGACUUACAAGUCAAACUCACAGCUCCAAAUGGGCGUACAUAUAUCCAACCCACUGGACUCUUCAUCAACAAUGAAUGGGUGCCGUCCUCAGAUGGGAAGAAGAUUGCUUCCAUCAACCCUACAAACGAAUCAGAAAUCAUCUCAGUCCACGCCGCCUCACAAGCUGACGUCGACCGCGCCGUCACCGCGGCCCGUCAAGCCCUAAACAACCCUUCAUGGCGCGACCUCCCGGCCUCAGAUAGGGGCAAACUCCUCUACAGACUCGCAGAUCUAGCCGAAGAGAACCGUCUCACACUCGCCACAAUCGAGACAUGGGAUAACGGUAAACCAUUCACCGUCGCCCGCGACGAGGAUUUAACCGAAGUCAUCGAGACAUUGCGCUACUAUGCCGGUUGGGCCGAUAAGGUGUUUGGUCAGGUUAUUGAUACAACGCCUGAUAAGUUUGCGUAUACCCUUAGAGAGCCGGUGGGAGUUUGUGGGCAGAUUAUUCCAUGGAACUACCCCCUCUCAAUGGCAGCAUGGAAACUCGGUCCAGCCCUCGCCUGCGGUAAUACCGUAGUCCUCAAACCCGCCGAACAAACCCCCCUCUCAAUCCUAUACUUUGCCAAUCUGAUUGCCAAAGCCGGUUUCCCCCCUGGCGUCGUCAACAUCGUCAAUGGCUACGGCCGCAUCGCCGGGGCAGCACUCGCUUCGCACCAAGACGUCGACAAAAUAGCAUUUACAGGCAGCACCGCCACCGCUAAAGACAUCAUGAAAAUGGCCGCUACAAACCUGAAAAACAUCACACUAGAAACCGGAGGUAAAAGUCCAUUGAUCGUUUUCAACGAUGCGGAUCUCGAUUUGGCCGCUGAAUGGGCUCAUAUUGGAAUCAUGUCGAACCAGGGUCAGAUUUGUACAGCUACCUCUAGGAUUCUGGUUCAGGAUAAUGUGUACGACAAAUUCUUGGAGAAGUUCAAGGCCCAGGUCAAGAACAUAAGUAAAGUGGGCGACCCGUUUGAAGAAUCGACUUUCCAAGGUCCCCAGGUCACCAAGGCGCAAUACGAUAGAAUCAUGUCCUACGUCGACAUUGGUAAAUCCGAAGGCGCAAAACUUGUCCUCGGAGGCAAGAAACCUGCAAGUAGUGGGAAGGGAUUCUUCAUUGAACCCACUGUUUUCACAGAUGUGUCUAGCAAGAUGCGAAUUUAUCAAGAAGAAGUCUUUGGUCCGUUUGUUGUUUUGACACGGUUCUCGAAGGAGGAGGAUGCUAUUCGCAUGGCGAAUGAUACUACGUACGGAUUGGGUAGUGCCUUGUUCACGACGGAUCUUGUCCGGGCUCAUCGUGUUGCGCGCCGGAUUGAGGCCGGUAUGGUCUGGAUUAACUCGAGCAAUGAUUCGGAUUGGAGAAUUCCUUUCGGUGGUGUCAAGGGUAGCGGAAUUGGAAGGGAGUUGGGCGAGGAGGGGCUGAAGGCGUAUAGCCAGGUGAAGAGUGUGCAUGUUAAUAUGAAGGCUAAGCUGUAGUUUCUCUUUUCGAGUAUCAUUGCAUUGUUUGAUGCAUCUGAGAUGUCUCUUCUAUGUCUAGCCCGAUUAUGAUUAGUUCUAAACAGUAAUUAAUAUUACCUAGGUAUAUAUCUCUUAUCAAUCUGCCAGAACUUCUCUCAACAUCAUCCCAAAUGACUCCUGCAAUUUGUAAACCUCUUUUACAUCCGGCUUGACUGGCUCACCCGCUGAUCUUCGCAGAUGGUCUUGUUUCUUUGCACGCCGCCUACGCUCCGCCAUAAUAGGAUCAAGAUCGUCGUCGUCCGUAUUUUCAUCAUCUUCAUCCGAUUCCUCGUUUGUAGUGGCCAGAUCAUCUAGAUCGUCCUCAUCUAGACCAAAAUCACUGGUCCGAAAGGCGGCACUUCCAGGCAUCUCCGCACCAAUGCCCUCCGCAGCCAUCUUCUGUCUUGUCUUGUCGUGAUGCCAUUUCUUCCGGUCCUCUUGCCAUUUGACUAGGCUAUCUAUUUCUCGUAUAGCCUCUCCCUUGUUGAUUUGUUUGGUGUCUACCGCUCCUUGGAACAAAGCAUUCAUGUCCAAUUUGCACCCACUGCGUGGACCUUUGCGGAGAAAAUCCAAGAUAUUCUCAAUCCAGGCCAUGAGAGAGCCGAAGAGACCAUUAUCGUGUAAAUGAACCUCGUGAACAAAUUUAUAGAAGUUGUGUUCGUGGCGUGCGCAAAGAUCAAUAAAUGCUUGUACCGUCUGAUUAGGGUCUGCGGAAACAUCCUGUCGUUGAGCCUUUUCAAUCACUCCGAUUGCAUCUUCCGCAAAUUUGGCGAAGUCUGUAAUACUGUUAUAGACAUUGGCAGACUUAUAAACCCGUACUAAAGGUUCAUAGAAUAUAGUAAACAGAUCUCGGAAUAAUUUCAAAGUAACAGGCUAGUC